AGCAAAAUGAUGGACAGUUCACUGUGAUCCAGCUUGUUGGUAUGCUACGUGGCAUUGCUUCAGGCAUGAAGUACCUUGCAGACAUGAAUUACGUGCACCGUGACCUGGCUGCCCGAAACAUCCUGGUCAACAGCAACCUUGUAUGCAAAGUGUCAGACUUUGGCCUCUCACGCUUCUUAGAGGACGAUACAUCGGAUCCUACGUACACUAGUGCUCUGGGAGGGAAGAUCCCCAUCCGUUGGACUGCUCCUGAAGCAAUCCAGUACAGAAAGUUCACCUCUGCUAGUGAUGUGUGGAGCUAUGGGAUUGUCAUGUGGGAAGUCAUGUCCUACGGAGAGAGACCUUACUGGGACAUGACCAAUCAAGAUGUCAUCAAUGCUAUAGAGCAGGACUAUCGGCUGCCCCCUCCAAUGGACUGUCCCAGCGCGCUUCACCAGCUCAUGCUGGACUGCUGGCAGAAGGACCGUAAUAACCGUCCCAAGUUUAGCCAAAUUGUUAACAACCUCGACAAGAUGAUCCGCAAUCCCAACACACUGAAGGCUAUGACUCCUUUAUCUUCAGGGGUUCAUCUCCCACUCCUGGACCGCAGCAUCCCAGACUUCUCCACCUUCAGCACUGUAGAUGAGUGGCUGGAUGCCAUCAAAAUGGGCCAGUACAAAGAAAACUUUGCCAAUUCUGACUUUUCGACAUUUGAUGUGGUGUCUCAGAUGACCAUGGAUGAUAUCCUGAGGGUUGGUGUGACUCUAGCCGGUCAUCAGAAGAAGAUCCUGAACAGUGUCCAGAUGAUGCGUGCACAGAUGAACCAGAUUCAGUCAGUGGAGGUUUGACCCUCUACAGAGGAGCAGAGGGUGUCGGGAGACAGGGCUCUGGAUGUCAAGAAUGGAGUGGAUUUUCUUUUUUCAUGUGUGGUAUUAAGUCUGGUCUUUCCACCAGACUGCCAUCAAGCCCAACGUUCAUCUCUCCUAUUCCCUCUCUCCUCUCCCUUCUCCCUGACUCUUCCUCCAUGCUUGGAAUAAAUUGCGAAGAGCUGUGAUGAUGGAAAUCAAAGUGAUGAAGAAUCCAGGCACCCCCACAGCCAAACCCACCAUUAAAACCACAAACAUGGGAGGUUAGAAUAGACCAGCAAAUUCAUUUUUUAAUCUUCCACCAGUUUAAUUUGUUUCAGCAUUUACUGUCCCCCCUUUUUUUUUGGUUUAUUCUGGUAAUUUUGUAAAGAUUUUUUAAAGAAAAGAGAAAAUCUGAUAAGGAAAGGAGUUUAUCUAAAUUUAUAGAUAAUAUAAGGCCGUACACUAGAUGAACUCAGUAGGAGAGCUACCCUUUAAAAGGGCAAAAAAAAGAAGCAAAGUAAGAGUUGGGGAGAACAUCCUCAAUAUGGUGUGGAAGUUUUGUCUUGUUUUUAAUUUUGGACAGUAUGUGGAUACACAGAGUUCUCUGUGGCCACCUGCAAGACAAAGGGGAACUACGCACGCAACGCAACUGGUGCCACAGGUAAAAAAAGAUUAAAUACAAACCAUGAAAUGGACAACAUGUGGCCUUGACUGAUGUUGAAACCACAUUUAAUCAGACGGACAAAUCAUGCAGUGAAAUCAGCUUGAAAGAAAAAGGAAAAAAAAGAACUUUUCUCACUGCGAGAAACUUUUAAUGUUGUCAACAUUUUGUAUUGAAGAAUCCCUCUGACCAUGCUUCCUCUAACUAAAGACUAGUUUAUUUUUUUCACAGUGAAAUAUUCACAGUCUGCCAAAUAGAACUCUUCCCCUCGCACUAGAGUCAUGAUCCUGUACUGUACAUAUCAGAUGCACUUGACCUGCCAUAACAUGACGACUCAGAGAUAGUUAUUGUAGGCGAUUAGUUCAAGAGCUGAAGACGUGUCUACAGGGACUACAGGGAGCAUUUUAGUAGUUGUUGCCUUUAGCUGCAUCUUUUUAGCUUGUGAAAAAAACAGCAAAAUGACUUCCACAGAGAUUCUUAGAAAAACAUUUAAAAAAAAAAACAGGUUCUACUGUUUAUGUCAGACUCAACAUUCAGACAAAGAAAUCCAGUUACAGCAUCCUUCUUUAUGGUGUUUAUCUCAAGUGCCGUCUGUACGUAUGUGAACACUCAUGUGCCGCAUGCACAAGGAAAAAGGUCGCUUCUAACAGUGUGGGAUCUUGUAUUUGAUAGCAUGCUGACCGAGUGGUUUAUUUCACCGAGCUUUGAUUUGGAGCAAUUAGUCUAGCAUUAUAUUCAGUAUUCUUCCAGUUUU